CCUUCUGUGUCGGGAUAUUCGUAGAGCUUACUAACAUGACUAGAUAGAGAAGCUGACAUGUCUUUAGUCAGUGAAUGGACCCACCGAGCCAUGUGCAUCGUCCUCCAAGGUAUAUAAAAUAUGCUCUGUUUGAUUGAGGCGUUUUCCCCACCGGGCAACAAUGUCCCUCGACAGUUUCAAUGUCACCCGUACUUUUCAUCGCGACACAUAUCCAGCCAUCUCACCAACGAAGGCCUCUCUUAGCCAAGCUGGUAAGGCAGUUCUUAUUACAGGCGGUGGGGGCGGGAUAGGCUUCGAAAUCGCUCGGUCGUUUGCUAAAGCAGGCGCCUCCAAGAUCAUUAUCGUAGGCCGCAGAACCGCUGUAUUGGACGCUGCGGCAGUAAAGCUGCGCGAGGAGUUUAAAAACUCGACCCCGACUCCUGAAUUCAUCGCUCACCAAGGAGACAUCGGAGACGACGCGUCUAUCUCCUCCAUUUGGAAAUUCCUAAACUCUCAGAACAUAUUUGUGCGUGUGCUGGUGCUCAAUGCCGCUCAUUUUUACCCAUUGGGGCCUGAUACGUUGAAAAUGGAUAAACGAGAGAUCAUGGAGGGUUUCAAUACCAACGUUGGCGGUAAUUUCCUCAUGACGGUCAAUUUUGUCAAUCAACCCCUGCGCCCUAAGGGCCAGCAACUUAAUCUGGUCAAUGUGUCUACGUCCACUAUCCACAUAAUUCCUGGUCCGAAUUCAACUCCAUACGCUGCAAGCAAAGCGGCCUUCACUGCGCUUACCGGAAGAAUAGCGGAUGAACACCCCGUUGAAGAAAUUCAGAUCAUAUCGUUCCAUCCAGGCAUUAUUUAUUCAGAAGGUACGGCAAAGUUUGCGGAUAAAAAUCUCAAGUGGGAUGAGAUGGCAUUACCAGCAGACUAUGCUGUCUGGGCAGCGUCUCCAGAGGCGUCCUGGCUUCAUGGUCGCUUUGUUUGGGCGCACUGGGACGUGGAUGAAUUGAAAGCCGACAAGGAGUUUUCGAAGAGACUGGAACAAGAGAAAGGUUUCUUACGGGUUGCGGUCCAAGGGUUGAAGGACAUCUCCGUGGAUGCCUUCUUAAACAAGCAGGGUUCAUAACAAGCUGUAGUCCCCAAUAUACAAAUUGCAUGAAUAACUUUCUUCGCAUAUACUCAACUUGGCACUCAGUGCAGGGUGGACGUAUAUGUGAGUCCGGUACAUGUCGAGAUUCAUAAACCAACGUACGACUUUGGAUAAGCAUACUCUGAAUGACUGCUGGGGACCGAAGACAAGUCACUAAAUCAUUGUCAAGAUUUUACUUUCGGUACACCGGGGGUUUUUUCCCCAGAGCUUAUAUAAAUAAGAUCAGAAUAAGAUCUAUGUACUAAAAUUCGUCUCCUUCGGGGUGACACUAGGACCCCUGAUUAUACACUAUGAUCCCAGACGGUGGUUCGGACAAGACACCCCCCCAAAUUUGGUCUCUAGC